AUGGCAGAGAUGAUGAAAGCGCUGGUGUACACCGGCACCAACACCCUCACGAUCCAACAACGCCCCAAGCCCAGCGUCACGGCCCCGACAGAUGCCGUAGUCCGCAUGCUGUACACCUCGAUCUGCGGGUCCGAUCUGCACAUUAUCAAAGGAGACGUGCCGUCCAUCACCCCAGGGAGAGUCCUCGGCCACGAAGGCGUGGGCGUCGUCGAGUCGCUUGGGUCCGCCGUCCACGGAUUUAGCAAAGGAGACCGUGUCUUGGUGGCGUGCAUGACGUCCUGCGGAGCAUGUGGGCUCUGCCGCCGGGGCAUCGCGGCACACUGCCAGUCCGGAGGAUGGCAACUGGGGAACAAGACGGACGGCACGCAGGCGGAGUUGCCCGAGACGAUCGAUUCUCGCGCGGCGGUUGCGGUGUCCGAUGCGUUACCGACGGCCUUGGAAUGCGGCGUCAUGAACUCGAACGUACAGCCUGGGGGGUCGGUGGUUAUCAUCGGCGCGGGGCCCGUGGGCAUCUCUUGCGUGCUCUGUGCGAGGUUGUAUUCGCCCGCGUUGUUGGUCGUGGUCGACCUGGAUGAGAAUCGAUUGGAGACAGCCCGGAAGAUGGGCGCCCAUGCGACGGUGAAUGCGGGCGAUCCCAAUGUCAAGAAGAUUCUCUAUGAGUUGACUGCCGGUCAAGGCUUUGACUCGGUCAUUGAGGCUGUUGGGAUCCCGGUCACGUUCGAGCUGGGCCAGGAGCUGGUGGCGGUUGGCGGGUCUAUUGCCAAUGUGGGAGUGCAUGGCACCAAGGUGGAUCUCCAUCUGGAAAAGCUGUGGGAUCGCAAUAUCAGUAGGCUCCCUCUUUCUUGCUGGACCCUUUUAACACAUUGUUUCCCAUUCUCUCAAGCCACGGUUGCGUAUGAUACAUUCCGUGCUGCAGCCAGCACCAAAGCGUUGAAAGUUGCCAUUAGCUUCAAUCCGGAAGAUGAGGAGGCCAAAGAACGCCUAUGA